AACUACAAAAUUAUUUAUCUGUCGAAAUAAAAUUGGAAUUAAAAAGUGAGGUUGAGGUUUGAGAUAGAACCUUUUGAAGAAUUUUCCUUGGAUUUCAAAACACGAGGUGUCUUUGUCGUAAGAUAAAGACACUAAUUAUUAAAUAUAUAUAGUAUAUCUAUAAAGCCCGUAACAUGCUUAUGGAAUUACCUGAUGAAAUCGAACAAAACGAUAGUGGAAUGGAGUCUUUGACCGCGAGCAAAGACGAUACACCAGAACGUAGACCCGAAGAUAUUUUCAUUACGCCAGUGGUGGUUGGAACAUCACCCAGCGCUGACACUCAGCCUUCCUUAACUCUCAAAGAAUUUGACGAUGAACCAGAUGAAACAUUGUCUGAAAGAUUAUGGGGUUUGACAGAGAUGUUCCCUGUAUGUGUUCGCAAUGGUACCUACACAGUUACUACAAAAACAUGGAGUGGUGUUAAAAACCUAUAUCAAUUAUCACGGUCUGUGAUGUGGGUUGUGGCUAGUUCAUCUGUUAUUCUCUUUGCACCAGUCAUAUUUGAGGUUGAAAGAGCACAGGUUGAGGACAUGCAAAAAUCACAACAAAAACAAGUGUUGCUGGGAACAAAUGCUGCUAUGUCAGGGCCCGCACCUGGCAUGCCACCAAUGCCACGAUAAAUAAUAAUAUACCAAAUAAACUAUUAUAGAUAUUGUGUAA